AUGUCAUUAUUCAAAGCGCGUGAAUGGUGGUCCUGUCAAGUUGGUUCGGGUGAACAAUUUGAUUAUGGUUGUUUGAAAACUGGUUCAUUUAAUGAAGACUCGAACAAUAAAAUUAUCGUCGGAAGUCAAUCGGGUAUAUUGCGGAUUUAUAAUCCAAGUGGUUCAGAAGGCGAUUCGUUGACGCAUAAUCAUGCCACUGAUCUUCUUUUGGAAAAAAAUCUCGGCAUGCCAAUCGUUCAAGUAGAAAUAGGAAAAUUUAUCAGUACAUCAUCAAUCAAUCAAAUUGCCGUCUUGUUUUCGCAUAAGCUUUCAGUUUACGAUUAUACUGAACAUUCUGGUGUGGCCGAACAUGGUCGACAGAUUGAUUUAGAAUUAAAUUAUGAGCAUAACUUGAAUCGUCCAACGUUUAACAUGUGUAAAGGACAUUUUGGAAGCGGCGGAAGAGGAAAUAAAGAUUCGCCUAAUCAGGAGUACAUUUGUGUUCAAACACUUGACGGUGUUUUGUUUGUUUUCGAACACGAACGACAAUCGAUGGUGAAGUCUCUUCCAAAUACGUAUAUUCCUGGUCCACUGUGUUACCUCUCCCGAUCGGAUGCAUUUUUAACUGUUUCAAGUAGCUAUCGUCUUGAGUGUUAUAAAUAUCAAACUUUGGCAAUAUCAAGUGGAGUUGAUCAUGGAUCGAAUAACAAUGAUGUACGACGUAAAGGUGUUGAAGAUGAAUCUUCGCUCUCUGUUUCUCAAUCGUCGAAGCGAGUCCUACCAGAAUGGACAUUCAAUUUAGGUGAAUGUGCCCUGGGAAUACAGACGACACAACGAGUGAGAAAUACACCACAAACGAUUAUAGUUCUAGGUGAACGGAAUUUAUUUUGCUUGAGCGACAACGGACAAUUAAUAUUUAUGAGUAAAUUCGAAUAUAAUCCAAGUUCAUUUAUUAUUUAUAACAGUGAAAAUAAUAAUGUUCAACAAUCGGAUUCAUCCACUUCAAGUGUUCGAUACAUCAUUGGCACACACUCUCACACUUUGUUUAUCGUCCAAGAUGCGCACAUUCGUUGGGCAGCACAUGUGGAUUCAAUACCCGUUCAAAUUGAAGUAUGCACCCUCCAAGGAAUACGUGGAAUGAUCUGUACAUUGAGUGAAACAGGUUUAUUACAAUGUUGUUAUUUGGGUACGGAUCCUGUAUCCACAUCUAUUCCAACUAUCAUGCCAAGUACAAUGAUCAAUGUGCAAGAUGCUGAGGAACAAUUAGCGAAAUUGAAUAAACAAAUCAAGCAAGCAAUGAAUGAUCCAACUUUGGUCGUCAAACGAAAAGCUAAUGCCCAGGUGCUUAUUCAAAUCGAAGAUACUCAUCAAUAUUCGAUGACAGAUGAAACACGAUUUCAAAGAAGUGAUGUUGAAUCGAAUGUACCAACAUUGAAUUUGAAUGUUCGAGUAAAAAGUAAUGAAGCUAUUCAAAAUGUUCUCUUGACUGUUCAUGUCAACAGUCCAUUAUGUGCACAACCAAAUGAAAUUCGAAUGGGAAAUAUCGGUGGUACAGCCGCUGUUGGUACAGGAACAGUUGCUUUUUGGAUGAGAGAAGAUCUCACACCGUGGAGUCUCGAAGCGACAUUUACGAUCUCAUACAACGCAAUGUCAGAUAAUGUUUGCCAUACGAUUCAAAAAGCAUACAAAUUACCAUUGAAACUAGUAGCACGUUCAUUUCAGCAAGUAGCAUCAUCUGCAGCUGGUAGCCAAUGUAAAAUAACAUUAGGUGCCAACAAACCUGUCGUAGAUUUGAACUUACUCUUUCCAGAACUCUCAUCGGGCGAUAGCAAUCAACAGCAAGGUUUAACUACUCGAUUUUAUGGUUCGAAUGAAAGUAUUUCCAUCUUAGCUUCAUCGAAAUCACAAAAAUAUCGUUUUCAAGCUGAUUCUCUUGCUAGUAUUUGGCUAUUUUGUCAUUUACUUAUCGAAAGAUUACAUGCAUCAUCUCCGACAAUUGAUUUUGAAUUUGGCGAUCCAUUACCAUUGGAUGAUUAUUUUCUCUUAAUCGAUCGUCAUUAUGAAUUACGUGUCGAAUGCGAACAGAUCAAUUCAACACUAGAUGUAUGUUCAAAACAAUUUCGGGCGAUACAAAAACGUUUAUUAAACAAAUUCAAAGAUAAAACACCUACAUUACUCGACAAUUUAGAUAUUUUAUUAGAAAACACCAAUCAACAGAUUCUUGCAUUAGCUAACCGAUACGAACAGUGUCGUUAUGAAUUAAAUCGUGCUUCACAUGAUUUAUCAUGUGCAACCAAACUCAUCUGCCUUCUUUUGAAAACUAGUGUAAAUUUAUCAAAUGAAAACGCACAAUUACUUAAUGCUAUUCUAUCACCCGUUACUUCAGAUGACAAUGAACAGGGUUGGGAGGAAACUGUUGAUGCAUCAGUCAACUAUGCGUUGCGUACUGUUCUCGCACGUUCGAAAAAUACUGAUCUGGGUACGACACCAAGUACAAUUGGUAAUUCCACAGCCAAUUUGGAUAUAAGUCGUUUAAAGAAGCGUAUCCAGACAUUAUGUGAACGUUUAGAAAAAGGUGGUUCGUUAGUUUCAUCAAGUUCGUCUACAGAUCAUAAUAAUUCAACAGAUGCAUAUAGAUCAACAAGACAAUCGAAACCACUCACAUCCAAUUAUGGUGAAGAUGAUGAUGAAUUACCUAAUGGUGAUGAUGACAGUCCAUUUCGUCUCUUACCGUCCAAUAAUUCCCGUACACAGUAUAACAAUAAUAAUAAUAAUAACGAUGAUGAUGAUUAA